AUGAGAAUAGUUUUUUUAGUCAUCUCCGUUAUCUUAUCAAUAGUCACAGCAAGUUCUGUAACACUAAUUAAACCAAGCGAAGAUGAUUUUUAUACACCACCAAUAGGAUUUGAAAAUGCAGAAGUUGGAGAUAUAUUGAAAUUUAGAGAAACACCUAGUCAAAUUAAAUUUAUACUUUUCCCGCUUAAUAUCAAAAACUCAUGGCAAUUGUUAGUAAGAUCUGAAGACUCAUUCGGAAAUCCAAAUGCAAUUGUUACUACAGUCAUGGAACCUCAUAAUGCUGAUCCAAACAAAGUUUUAAGUUAUCAAACAUUUCAAGAUAGUACAGACAUAAAUUGUUCUCCACUGUAUGCUUUCUUAUAUGGUUCUUCAAUAUCAACAAUUUCAAUACAAGUGGACGUUACCCUAAUGACACUAGCAUUAAAUAGAGGUUACUAUGUUGUUUCACCAGAUUAUGAAGGUCCUAAAUCCACAUUUAUGGCUGGUAGACAAUCUGGUCAAGCUACUUUAAAUUCAAUUAGAGCUAUCUUGAAUUCAAAAGAUAUUACUGGAAUUGAACCCGAUGCGAAAGUUGCAAUAUGGGGUUAUUCAGGUGGUGCUGUAGCUAGUGGUUGGGCAACAACUUUAUUGCCAACUUAUGCACCAGAGCUUGAGAAAAAUGUGAUUGGCACAGCACUAGGUGGAGUUGUUACCAAUAUUACAGACUAUAUGCGAGUUGUCGAUGGUAACAUAGGUGCUGGAUUAAUUCCCGUUGGAUUAAUUGGAUUGACAAAUGAAUAUGAAAAUGCUUCUUAUUUAUUAUCAGAGCAUGUCGACCCCAAACAGGCUUAUAAGCUUGAAAAGGCAAGAGAAGGUUGCUUGCUUGGAUCAAUUAUUCAAUUUUUUGGAAAUAAUAUUUUGACAGGUAAGAACCGAAUGUUUCCAAUUGGAACUGACCUACUUAGAAUACCAGAAUUAAGCACGAUUAUUAAAAAUAAUAACUUAGUGGAUUUAGAUACCAAUGAACACUUUCCAAAAACUCCGGUAUUUAUGUAUCACGGUACAUUAGAUUUGUUUGUACCAAUUGGGGAUACAUUAAAGACUUAUCGACAAUGGUGUGAAGCCGGAUCCCCUUCAAUUGAAUUUGCUGAAGAUUUAGUGAAUGGUCAUUUAACUGAAGCAAUAAUUGGUGCGCCAGCUGCUUGGACUUGGUUAGAAAGUAGAUUCGAUGGUGUACCACCAAUUGACGGUUGUUCACGUACGAAAAGAUUAAAAAAUCUAUUAUAUCCAAAUAUAUCUCAAGCCACACUUGAUUACUUUGGUGGUUUUAUUGAUGCUGUUACAUUUGCUAAAAUUGGGUAUCAAGGUCUUGAAUCAGAUAAUAUAACUAGCUCCGCAUUUGAAAGAUUAUUGGGUGAUCUUGGUAAAUUUUUUGGUAAAAGAGCGAGUAUUUAG